GUUGGCUACACUGUUCACUGAAACAGCGAUACUUCACUUAAUACGCGACGUACACAGAAAUUUCGUUUUAUGGUGUCAUCGAUUCGUAUUAAACAUGUAACAGCAAGAAAGGAGAAGAAAAUCUCUCUAGUUUGGCCGUAUUCGGUAAAAGUAAAUUGUCCCCAGGGGUGGGGUCUCCUGUCACUUAAAACCAAAGAAGUGAAAAGAGGUGAAUGAGUUAUGUUGAUUUUGUAAAAAGUAAUAUAAUACAAUCAUGGCACGACCUAUUGUACCUAGUCAACAAAAGUUAGCUGAGAAGCUAACUAUUUUAAAUGACAGAGGUAUUGGGAUGUUAACUCGCAUUUAUAACAUAAAAAAGGCAUGCGGUGAUGCCAAAUCAAAGCCUGGAUUUCUUUCGGAUAAAAGUUUGGAAUCUUCUAUCAAGACGAUCGUCAGAAAGUUUCCUAAUAUCGAUGUUAAGAGUUUGCAAACUAUUACGAAUCUUCGCAAUGAGAUUAUUAAAUCUUUAUCUCUAUAUUAUUAUACCUUUGUUGAUUUGCUUGACUUCAAAGACAAUGUUUGCGAGCUUCUAACUACAAUGGAUGCUUGUGGUGUUCAUAUGGACAUAACAAUAAAUUUUGACUUAACAAAAGGUUAUUUGGAUCUUGUUGUUACAUACGUCAGUUUAAUGAUUCUUUUAUCGCAAGUGGAAGAUCGCAAAGCGGUAUUAGGUUUAUUUAACGCAGCUCAUGAAAUGGUACACAGUCAAUCUGAUCCUAGCUUUCCUCGCUUGGGUCAAAUGAUUAUGGAUUAUGACGCUCCAUUAAAAAAACUUUCAGAAGAAUUUGUUCCUCAUUCUAAAUUAUUAAAAACUGCUCUCACCUCAUUGUGGCCUAUUUAUCCUGAGAGAAAUUUAUCCGCGGAUACAUGGAGAGCAGAUCAAAAGCUCAGCCUUGUUGGAAGUCCUGGACAAAUACUUAAAGCAGCAGCAACAGACACUAUGUCUUGCGAAACUUUGAGCUUAGAUAGAAUAGAAAGAUGGGUUAUUUUAGGUUUCACAUUGUGUCAUUCGUUCUUAAAUCAGGAACAGCCCGGUAAAUUAUGGACCACGGCUUUAGAAUCUGGUUGGGUGUUAGCCUUGUUCAGAGAUGAAGUUAUUUAUAUACAUCAAUACAUACAAACAUUUUUUGAAAGUAUAAAAGGGUAUAGUAAACGGGUAUCGGAAGUGAAAGAAUGUUAUAGUCAAGCGGUGCAAAAGGCUGGUUACAGACACAGGGAAAGAAGAAAAUUCUUAAGAACAGCACUGAAAGAGCUGGGCUUAAUUUUAACCGACCAACCUGGUCUCUUAGGACCAAAAGCGCUCUUAGUUUUGAUGGGACUCUCUCAUGCGAGGGAUGAAAUUUUAUGGCUUUUGCGACAUGGCGUUAAUCCUCCGACACAAGGAAAAGGUAAAGGAAGGGGAGGCGAGGACCUAGUGGAUCGUCAAUUGCCAGAAUUACUGUUCCACUGCGAAGAAUUAAGAGCAUUAGUGAAGAAAUAUUCCCAAGUACUUCAAAGGUAUUACGUGCAAUUUUUGUCUGGAUUUGAUGCACCUGCUUUAGAUCAAAUGAUACAAAACCUUCCAGUUUGUCCAGAAGAUGAAGGAGCGAUUCUUAGUGAUAUGUGUUCAAAGAUAGCUAGUCUAACAGUCAAACAAGUGGAAGAUAACGAACUGUUUGAUUUUCGUGCAUUCCGAUUGGAUUGGUUCAGAUUGCAGGCAUAUAUGUCUAUCGCAAAAUGCAACAUGAAUUUAGCCGAUAAUAGAGAGUUAGCAUCUUUUAUGGAUACUGUAAUAUUUCAUACUAAGAUGGUGGAUAAUUUGGAUGAAAUGCUAGUUGAAACAUCCGAUUUAUCCAUCUUCUGUUUCUACAGCAAAGUAUUUGAAGAUCAAUUUCACAUGUGUUUAGAAUUUCCUGCUCAAAAUAGAUAUAUCGUUGCAUUUCCUUUAAUAUGUAGUCAUUUUCAAAGUUGUACGCACGAACUGUGUCCAGAAGAGCGUCAUCAUAUUCGAGAACGAAGUUUAUCCGUCGUUAAUAUGUUUUUAGACGAAAUGGCCAAAGAAGCUAAAAAUAUUAUUACGACUAUCUGUGAUGAGCAGUGUAACAUGAGCGAUAAAUUAUUGCCAAAACACUGUGCAUUAUUAAUCUCUCAGGUUGUAAAUCGUAAGAAAAAAGAUAAAAAUAAGAAGAAUAUGUAUGAAAUUCAUAAACCGGGUAUAGAGAGUUACAGAAAAACCAGAGAAGAACUUACCACGAUGGAUAAACUUCACAUGGCAUUAACAGAGUUAUGCUAUGCCAUUAAUUACUGCCCUACUAUCAAUGUAUGGGAAUAUACAUUCGCGCCAAGAGAAUACUUGCAUCAACAUUUAGAAUCAAGAUUUGCCAGAGCACUUGUUGGUAUGGUAAUGUACAAUUCAGAUACUAGUGAAAUAGCUAAACCAUCAGAAUUAUUUGUGAGCGUUAGAUCUUACAUGAAUGUUCUUCAGACGGUUGAAAACUAUGUGCAUAUAGAUAUUACACGUGUAUUUAAUAACGCACUUCUUCAACAAACUCAAGAAUUAGAUAGCCAUGGUGAUAAAACUAUCGCUGCUUUAUACACGCAAUGGUAUUCUGAUGUUUUAUUAAGGCGAGUUAGCGCCGGAAAUAUUUGUUAUUCUAGCAAUCAAAGAGCAUUCGUUAGUUUAUCCGUAGAGGGAGCAAUACCUUUUAACGCAGAGGAAUUUUCUGAUAUCAAUGAAUUGAGAGCAUUAGCUGAACUAAUUGGACCAUAUGGUAUGAAGAUGUUGAAUGAAAAUUUGAUGUGGCACAUAGCUAGUCAAGUGCAACAGCUAAAGAAAUUAGUUGCUGGCAAUAAAGAUGUUCUUAUUGCUUUGCGAACGAAUUUUGAUAAACCAGAAGUAAUGAAAGAACAAUUUAAAAGGUUGCAGCAGGUAGAUAAUGUGCUGCAACGAGUAACAAUUAUAGGCGUGAUUCUAAGUUUCAGACAAUUAGCCCAAUCCGCAUUGGUUGAUGUCUUGGAAGAACGUAUACCGUUUCUUUUAAGUUCGAUUCUAGAUUUCCGACAUCAUUUACCAUCUGGUGAUCCCAUGCGUGUUGUUUCCGAAAUGACUUCAGCCGCUGGUUUAACUUGCAAAGUUGAUCCAACAUUAACAGCAGCAUUAAGAAGCCAAAAAUCCGAAGUAGACGAAGACGAACAUUUGCUCGUAUGUUUGUUAAUGGUUUUCGUCGCCGUUUCUAUUCCGAAAUUAGCUCGAAAUGAGAAUUCCUUUUAUCGGGCGUCCCUAGAGGGUCAUUCUAACAACAUACAUUGCAUGGCAACUGCGAUAAAUAAUAUUUUUGGUGCAUUAUUUACCAUCUGUGGACAAAAUGACAUAGAAGAUCGAAUGAAGGAAUUCCUUGCGUUGGCAUCAUCCAGUUUGCUCAGACUAGGCCAAGAAGCAGACAAAGAGGCGAUUAAAAAUAGGGAAUCGGUGUACCUUUUGUUGGACCAGAUAGUUCAAGAAUCACCAUUUUUAACGAUGGAUCUGUUGGAAAGCUGCUUCCCAUAUGCACUAAUACGUAACGCAUAUCACGAUGUAUACAAGCUCGAACAUUCGCAGCCAUAAAGUCAUCGAUAAAGAAUGUGUUUUCAGCUUGCCACUCAGGGUCAUUUUUUUUACGUCCAUUACAUUAAACAUGGAAUCAAAAGCAUUUUCAUCGACUCCGUUUAAAAACGGAAAGAAGAAGCGACGAACGUGGCAAAAUAUUCUAUUUAUAAAAGAUAUAGUUAGUAAUAUUUUGUUUAUACUGCUUUAAAUCGAAUCGAAUUCUCCAAAUAUAUCGAAUUCGAUAUGUUUCUUUGGAAAUGUAUUUAAAAUGUCCGAAAAGACAAAUUUGCAUUAAUUUAUUUAAAACAAUGCAUUUCGUAUAGGGCAACACCAUCACUUUCAUAUUUGAUACCUGGCUUAGAAUAUUCGCUGACAAACGAUACUACAUCUUUUCAGUAUUCUAUUAUACGUCAUCUGUAUGUAAGGAAUGUUUUGUAUUACAGGUGAAUUAUAAAAUGCUAUCUGUCUAUGAAUCGAAAUAUACACGUAUCGUAAAAUAGACACGUUAGAGACGUUCAAUCUACAUUUUCUAAUGUACAAUAUUGUAACUUUUACAAUAGUUUAUAAAAUAAAUAAAAGUAUCUACAAAUUGUAUUUAUAUGUAUAUUACGAAACCCUUUUGUUUUUAUGUGGUUAUUUUAUAAUAGCGAAUAGCUAGGAAAUAAACUUGAAUAUUUUAAAAAUACUGUAAAUUAUACUGCACUAAUUUAUAGAACUUGAAGUAUUAAUGAAAUUACUUAGUCUUGCAAAUCAAAGAUAUACAUCUUUUUUGUCUCUCUAAUAUCGUUCUUUUCAUUUGUCAAAGAAAAUUUCCGAUUUUCUUGAUAAUUUUUUAAUCGAUAAACAUCGUCGCUCACACAUACAAUUUACGUUGAAAAUUCAGAUUUCCUAAAUUAUUGUAUUGUUUAUCGUCAAUGAAUAUGACAGUGACGGAGGAUAUGGUAGAAAGUACAAUUAUAUAAAUGUAAAAUGUAUGCUUUAUUUAGUUCUUUACAAUGUUCUUGUUUUUCUUUUUUUUUCUUUUUAUAAUCACAUUAACAUAACACAAAUGAUUUACAAUCAGAUUCCUUUUAUUUAUAGUAUUCUUUAAAACACUCGCCACGUUCUAGACAUUGGGAAAAAGAGAGAGUGGUGGUCUGAAGCAACGUUCAGGCGAUUGGUCAGUAUCAUGCUUAAUAAAACUUACAUCAAAGUAUCAAUUGAAAACACAGAGCUUAAAACUGUUUGUAUGAAUUAAAAAUGAAAUAAAACACUACGGCACAUAAAACAUAAAGGCAACUUGGUGAUUUUGUGAUAUCCACAAGUAAUACUUUCUACACGUAGAACGUAUGAACUCUUGGUGAAACGAAACAACAUAUGUAUGUAUGUAUGUACUAUUUUAGCUAAAAUCAUAUCGGAACGGACAUGAAAAAUUUAACGUAGAUGAAAUUAAUCUCGGAUGCACGAUGUUGAUAGGUCACCACAUUUUUGGAUCGAUAGAAAAAAUAUAAUCUUCGAUUUCUUUUUGUUUCUUCCUUACUAACAUUAUGUACAAGUGAUAAAGUAGUGUGCAUUUCGUCACGAUGACACACGUCUGGAUUAAGAUAGCUACUUUAAAGAUGCUGUUUUUUGCAGACAUUCAAAUUUUUCUUUUAAUCGAAGAAUUUGCUCGUGCCCCACAAAAAUUGUUUAUCACAUAAUGUGCUGCAAGAUGCACAAUUACCGAAUAAUGAUAAUUAAUAAUAACAAUAAUGAUAAUAAUAAUAACGAUAGGACGCGAUCUUAAUCCAGACAGCGCAGAUACGAUUGAGCUUAAGCAUAUGUAGCAGAGACUCCUCGGAGACAAAUGAUGAAUGAAAACAUACUUUUGCUUUUUAAUCGCUAUAAUUCUCUCGAUACGGGCAAGCAACGUUUUUUGUCAACUAGACACUAGAAUACUUGGUCCCAUUCUACGCUCGUCUUAGGCUUCUCUUUUCGAAACAAUGCCAUUAUUUCUCUUCCGUUUUCUUUUAUUUUGAUCUUGUAUUCAGUCAUUUGAAUCGUUUUUAUGGCAGUGAAAUGGAAGCAAGAAUAAUCAUGAACGGUAUUGAAACCGAUGGAUUCACCUACGGAUGAGUAGACGAAUACCUCCUCUACGCAUCGUGAUUGCUGAUUAAACGGCAGUCGAUACCUGACUUUUGGGGAAAUCUCAUAAUCAGUCGUAUCAAAAACAAUAAAUUGUUGUUCCUUGUAUUAUCAUAAUAUAUGAUAAUUAUAUAAAUACAUAGGAUAAAAAUGAUGUUAACGUCACGUUAAUUCGAAUACAUUUUCCCAAGUAGAUUUAUAGCGCGUUAUCGCUUAUACUUUGAAAAGUCGUUCGACCUUCUUUGCUACGCGUUACUACGAAUGGCAGUAAGUUGUACUCAUGGAUUGCCAUGAAACACUUGGAAAUAACAUAAUUAACUUUUAUGUUACGAUCGGACGAGCGAUUACAAAUGGGACCAAACGGAAUCCUGUUGCAUCUAUAUGCAAGAAACUUCAAAACUGUUUAAAUAAUCUAUCUCAAACGAUCCAGUCCGGUCCACGUUGGAUCGUCGUUAAAAAAGUCAUUACCUUAAAAACCUAAGGGCUCGAUUACACGCACAUACAGGCAUUCGUUCGUCAUCCUUAAAUUUCCGUCCCGAUUACAAAAUACAGGAUAAUAUUUCGCUAUAAUACAGAUUUGAUAUAAAAACAAGUAUUUUUUUAUAUUCGCUUUACCAUUUGUUAUGGUUAUAUAAUUAUCGUUUAUGUAUAUAUAAUAUCAAUAUAUGUACACAGUUUAACACUCUCUCUUUUAUUCUUUCACGCCCAUUCUCUUCCCAUACCUUUCCUUCGCUCUUUUCUUCUUUCCCACUUUCGCACGUAUCUCGCAUCAGCUUUCGUAUGAUCCACAUUUUUUUUAAUCACAUUGCGACUAUUGUACAUUUCCACACGAUCCGCAAACUCGUAUUUCCUGCGAUUUGGCGGACACCUCCUUCUUUUAUCUCUUCAUCCCUGUUAAUGUUCCUUCUGUCUUGCACGACUCUAUGUUUAAAAUCGUUAAGUUUCUGGAUCAUCGUCUAAACGAAAUCUAUGUCUUCGUAGCGUAUAAACUAUCUGUCGUAACGUUGAACGGUAUCUAAUGACAUUUUUCAUCACAUGUAGAACGAGAAGAAAUAGGAGACACAUUUCCUUAUGAAAAUAUUGCGCUAAGCCUAACGAUGUUCGAUCAAAAACAUUGGACAAAAGAAAAACCCUAGGUUACGAUAUUAAUAAAUCGUUAUUAUAUCGCUAUUGACAGUGAUAGUAAAUAUCUGCACAUUCGAUUAUUGCCUCGAAUAGAAACACAUGGAACCAAUUGGACAAAAUUUGCGCAAGAAGGUUCGACGAGGGACGAGUAAAAAAAUUCAGUCAAUCACGUAUAACAUUUUGGCGUUUCGAGAAAGGAAGUGUAUAUAUCGCGUACAAUUUAGUACGAUUCGCCGUUGGACACGUGCGAAUUUUGUUUGUGUGGCAUACGAGUAUGCAGCAGUGCACAAAUGAGCCCAUGUAUAUUAAAACACGUCUAUAUCUCAAAAGGAGGGCUCGUCUUUGGUCCGCGUUUACGGUACAGCCCUCUAUAAUUGUAAGUUAAAAACCAUAUUUAAAUACAACUUAUAACAUUCGCGAUAGCGAAGAUAAAUUAUCAUUUGCAAUAGAUAACUAAUUAAUAAUAGUAAUAGCCAUAAUAGUAAUAAUAAUAAUAAUAAUAAUAAUAAUAAUAAUAAUAAUAAUAAUAAUAAUUAAUAGUAAUAAUAUCGUUAAUAAUCAGCAUAAUUAUAAUAGAACCGAUAUUAUUCGAUAUCAUUUUCAGCAGAAUGGUCGUUAAUGAAAUAUAACUAUAAAAAUUUGUUUCUUGAUACUUUUCUCCCAUGUUCAUAGUCUCUCGUAACUUUGCUCGUUUCAAUUGGCUAAUAAAAAUUAGUAUAAGAAUAUUACAUAUCGUUAAUUAUUAUACUACAAUGGUAGAGAUCAAGUGAAUGACCUGCAAUAGUUUGGUAAUGGUAAACGCGCUCUUUCGCUGCGGAAAGCGGUGGUAUAAUCACAAAGACUUUUAGAUUUAAAUAAAAUAAUAUCCUUAUAGGCUAUAACUUAUGUAUAAAUGCGUUAAAAAGGAAAUCAUAUUUAAACAUUUUGGCAUUGCUUAUUAAUUAUCUUUACCUAUAUUUGUAUAAAAAACACUAGUAAUUAAAAGCUUAACUUUGAACAAAGAGCAUGCAUUUGGAAGAACAUUGAAAUAAAAAAAAAAAAAAGAAAA